AUGCCGAUUGGCGGCAGGCUGCCGGGCCUCGUGCUGCUGGCUGGGCUGGUGAUCGCCAUCGUCUUGUUGGCCGGCGUCGGCCCACACGGCGACAGGGUCGGCGUGAGGCUGGAGGAGCUCGGCCAGAAGCGCAGGUUGGGCGGAGCGGCCAGGUCCGUGCCGGAGCCAGACUGGAGGAGGGUGAUGUUGCUAAGGCUGCAUAACAACUUGCGACACGAUCUGGCGGUUGGCCGACUCAAGGAUUUGCCGAAGGCCGUGGAGAUGCCAUCUUUGAUUAGAGCCAAUCCCUUCAUGUCAGUCUGUCAUUGCAGUCCUCUCGCCUCUUUCCGCAUUCAACGCUUGCCCAGACACAAGCCAGGCAUCACCAUCAGCUCUAAGGCCUGGCAACAACUUGUCACAGUCGCCACCGCUACCUGGUUGUUACGCCUGACCGUUGUCUCCCGUAAUCCAUGUCAGCCCAAGCACACCGCCUGUCUCAGAAUUAUCCAAACAUCUGGAAAUGCUGACUAA